AAGCAUGGGCUUUGAGUUGAGCGAGUGUCAGAGUGCCGUAGAGGCGGGCAAAUUGAAUGCGGACGUUGCAGUGGAAUGGUCGCUGAUAUAAUUGAAUGUCUAGACAAACAGUGGGAUGGACUGGAGUUUGGACACGUGAUGUGAUCGACAAAUGGACAAACAAACAAACAGACCAGGCUAACAGCCUUACUAGUAGAUAAUGAACAAAAGGGUAGGAGUGUCUACGAGUGCUCACUCCAGAUCGCAUGCUCUUCAUUUGAAAUUGCCUACAAGUCAGAACCAGACGGAAAAUCUAUCAGUGACUGACCAAGGAGCUACAACCAGUUCUGAAACAAGCAGUGCUCAGUCUACAGGGACUGUUCACUCUCAUGAGGGUGAACAGAAAGUGGUGAGCAGGUUGCAUUUGAAUGACAAGCAGCGAGAGGAGAAAGAGAGAUUUAGAGAAAAAGAAAGGGAAAAGAUGAAGAGGGACAUUCAACAGCAACGAGCUGCCGAGGCAAAGGCCAAAGAGUUAAUUCGUAAGCAGAUAGAGGAUGAUCGACAGCAGCAGAGAGAAAGACGAGAAAGGCAAUUAGGUCAUCAGACACAGCUUAAGGAACAAACCGUAGCAGCAGCAGCAGGAGGGAUAUCUAAGAUGUCUAUGCCAGUCACAGCUAGAAGUGCAAGUACUGCUACAGAGUGCUCACUACAGCUGCGACUUCCCAGUGGUAAAGUGCUUCGGCAGAAGUUUCCUGUUGAUAUGUCUUUGCAAGAUGUUGUCAGUAUAAUUGUAGCCCAAGAAGACAUUAAAGGAAUUGUAACUCUGUUUCAGCCAUUUCCCAGACGAGAGUAUUCAGACUCAGAUUUGUCCAGUUCUCUAAGAGAAACAGGACUGUUUCCAACAGGAUCUCUUGUAUUACGCAUUGAAGAGCAAUCAGUUCUGAUGAAUACGAAUACACAAUCAACUUCUCCACCAUCUAAAGUCUCUCACUUGCAAAUAGAUGAUGCAGAAAGUCAUCGGCAAGAACACUUAACACAUACAGAUAUGAGAGAAGAUGAACAAGCAGACACAAGACUUAGUAUGGACUCUCAAAAUGAAGAUGGUAGUCGGUCACCAACUGGUGAUGAAGAUUUGGACCAAGAUAUUUCUACGCAAAGUGAAGAUGAUGAUGAUAUGGACGUUGACACUGAAGACAUACCAAAUAAUUUUGUUCCUGUUCCUGGAAUAUUUCACCCUUCUGGUAACCUGCUUGCUCCUGGGCAUGUUGGUCACCAUUUGCAUCCCGCCAGUCACUCUUGGGGAAGCGGACAGAGACUGGGAGGUACAGGAAAUCAGCCAGACAGUGAACAGAAUGUCAAAUUGGCUGCAGAUGAGAUGGAUGCUGUCGAUGCAGCUCGUGAAGCAGCAAUCAGACGAUGGACAUCACCACACACUGAAGUUGAGUCUCAGUUGCAAGGAAAUCAAGUUUCACAUCACACACAGUCUCUCGUUGACUUGUGUGUUGUGUCUGUUGCUAAGCGCCUGCCUGGCUAUCUUGUCCAUAAUCCUGUGCUGAGUUUGGCUGCAGUCCCGGAGUCAGUGGCUAGUCGUAUACUCAGGGUUCUCAUCAGUGACAAGAUGUUGAGACCAAAGACAUUACACACUUUUCUUCAUUGUCGGCUUCAGAAAUUGAUGUUGGAUUGCUAUCCAUAUGCAACAAAUGAGCUACUGCAAGCUGUUGGUUCACUCACAAGCUUGGUACAUCUGUCAGCCAGUGAAUGUCCACUCAUCACCGAUCAAGGCAUUGGAGCACUAUCAGAACUAAAGCGUCUGAAAACCUUGAAUUUGAGUUCAUGUCAACAGCUAUCUGACAAAUGCAUGGGCGUCAUAAAACGUUUCAGGAAUCUUGUUGUUCUCAAAAUGGAUAACACAAAGUUGACAGACGAUGGGAUAGCUGCAUAUGCAGCCAGUGCACCUUCAUCGUUGCGUUAUGUUAGUUUGUGUGGUACGGCUUUGACAGAUCGUGGGUUACAGACCUUAACUGGCAUUCAGCAGCUUUACUGUCUUGAGAUUGAAAAUACUCAGAUUAGAAACUUGAAUUUUGUUCUACGUAUGCAUCACUUGCAGCUACUGAGUGUAGCCAACUGUAGGUUACUGUCAGAUGCGAAUCUGGCAGACAUCGGUGGGUAUCCUUCUCUCACUGGACUCAAUCUGCGUGGUUGUACAAUCGGCGAUGCCGGUCUUCAUUAUUUAUCGACUCUCAGCUUGAAGACACUGAAACUACCUCAACGCCAUCACGUCACAGAUCAAGGCAUUGUCGCUUUGGGUGAGCUACAACUCUCAUCUCUUGAUUUAACAGAUUACAUCAAGGUGACAGACGUCGGAGUGAAAGCUCUUGGUAACAUGAAAUCUUUGCAGGAUUUGUCUUUGGUAAACACAAGAGUUACUGAUGAGGGUCUGCAGUCGUUGUCUGGUCUGACAUCUUUGACAAAUCUUGAUUUGGAUAAGACAGCUAUUACUAGUGAAGGAGCUGUUGUUAUAUCAAAAUUUUGUCAUCUCAAGACACUCAGUUUAUCUCACACAAGGAUUGGUAACAAGCUGCUGAAGUCAUUAGCUCUUAACUAUUGCCAUCAGUUGCAGAAACUAAACCUUAGCCACACCAUGGUAUCAGACAAGGGCAUCAAGGAAUUGUCUUUGCUGCAACUGACACAUUUGAAUGUGGACAAUACAAGAGUCACACUCUUAGACCCUGCCGUUAUGAGUGGUCUUCCCAAGGUUUGGUGUGUUCGUAAUCACAAUACACAAGACAGACAGGAGGAUCAAUCAAGCUCAGAAGAGGAAAUGUGACACGAACGUGAGUGAGUACAGUGUAGCAAAUAUAGUCAUCUAUUCACUUUAUACAAAC